CAACUGCCUCGGCCAGUUUCUCAUCAUUCAACAGUACCCUCUGUUUCACCACAAUCAUCCGUUUUUAGUCGCCAACUUUACAACGCCUUUUCGACUUGACGUAAACUUCAAAAACAUGGAAAACAAUGUAAAUCCUGCGAUGGAGUCCAUCUUAUCGCAGGUGGGCGUGGAAGGGAAAAGCCGGGAAGAAAUGAUAGCCGAGUCCGUCAAAAAGAACGAAGACGUCCAAAAUCUUUAUCCACAAGUUGAUUUCAAGGGAGCAGUCCUUGAGCCUACCAUUCAUUUGACUUAUGAUAUUCAGGAACACGUUGACGAAUCAGACCAACGAAGGUACAAUACGUUGAUUGCGGAGAUGCUGGAACGCACCUCAGAACCAGAUCUCGCCGAAAGACUACUUUGGGAAGCAAGGGAGUGUCUCACAGGGUACCCCCAAAUCUUGGCCCAGUUUGAUGCGAUAUUUCUUGGCCAACGAUCGGCUUCAAGCGUGAUAAGAGAUUUACAUGAGUGCAUGAUGAUGAAAAAGACGGUGGAGAGGAGGAUGAGUCAACAGGUGAACGAUGUGGAAAGCAGAGAAACGACACAAUGAUGCUUUAGAAUGGAAGACGUGGGCAAGUCUUGAAGGACAUCAUUACUCCAUAGCGUUCGCUCAUACCGGCGACAGAUUCAGCCAAAACCAGUGGCAUUUCAUCGGCCUCGAAAUCUACUUCAGCAAUGAAGUAUACAUGUAGUUCCUAAAGACUACAUUUAGUGCUCGAAUGGCUCAUGCGAAGUUCGAGUUCCAUAAUGCGUCUACGUGCGCUGUUAACAAUUCAAAUCGAAGAGAGCCGUCAAAGAAAGUCUCAGAACGACACAGCUUACGAGGCGGCUGGUUCCGAAAAGAUAUAGAGUUCAAGUUGAUCGAAACGUUGUUCCGAAUAAGGCAGAUCCGAAGCCAUAGAGAUGCGGCCACGCUCAAUGUGAGGGCGAGAGGUGUCAUUGGUGUCAUAUAUAAUUAGAACACAAAUUUAUCCCCGGCUCAAUCAUCCACAUCUCCU